AUAAAAAGAUCUCAUUGUUUUUGAAAAUUUAGGAAAUCUAAUAUAUGGUAUGAACAGUGAAAACUAUGAUGGGAAAAUUUUAAAUGCAUGAUGAUGCAUGGAAUGGAAUCAUUGCACAUGAAAUGUGAUAUUCCACACCACAUACUAGAUAGUUUAUGCGGUGCCAUUUUUUCCUGCCACUAUGGACCUUACCCCCCCUCAAACUCCUCUUUUUUAUGUAUUAAAUGUGAAAAAACCAAAAAUCAUUGAAGGGUGACCACAGGACCAGUGAGAGGAUCCUACAGCAAAAGAAAUUAAAAGAAGAAGAAGAAGAAGAAGCGAUUUUUCAUUGUAACGAGGAAACACCCCAUUUCUUCUAAUGGGGGUUUAAGAGCCAUAACAGGUUGAAGUUGGAAAGAUCAUAACUUGUCUUCUUCUAUAUACAAAGAGAGAAUAGAGAGAGUUGGAUGGUUAAAUCGAGGGAUAAGAAGAUGAGUCAGGCUCGCUUGGAACCUUAUUUUGACACUUCUAAAAAGCCUAGAUUCUUUGUUAUCCCUGAAAGACUUGGUGAUAUUGUUGUGAACUUUAUAAAGAUUGGCAUAGUGGUGUGCCUUGUUGCAUCCAUUUCACUUGCCGUACACUCAGCAUUCUCCAAACAAUACCGGCGGUUUCCACUACCGGAGCAUAUACGUGUCUUACAGAAUGCUUCAGUCAGUGAUUGUGGACCAACAAACAUUUCACACAUUCUAUUUGGCAUUGGUGGCUCGGCUACAACGUGGCGCACUCGCAGCGAUUACAGUAAGCUCUGGUGGGAUCCUAACACUACUCGAGGUUUCGCUUGGCUGGACGAGAAGCCUGCUAUCUCAGACCCUGAAGGGCUAAAAAUCCCAUAUCAAAUCUCACAGGGAUGGACACAGUUCAGGACCUUGCACUCGCCAUCCGCGGUUCGGAUAGCUCGGAUAGUUUACGAGAGCUUCAAACUUGGUUUGCCAAAUGUGAGGUGGUUUGUGAUGGGAGAUGAUGACACUGUGUUCUUUACCAAGAACUUGGUCACUGUUCUGAAGAAAUAUGAUCACAAUGAGAUGUAUUACAUUGGUGGGAAUUCUGAGAGUGUGGAGCAAGAUGUGAUGCAUUCUUAUGACAUGGCUUUUGGUGGUGGUGGAUUUGCAAUUAGUUAUGCAUUAGCAGCUCAACUUGCUAGAAUGAUGGAUGGUUGUCUCCAAAGAUAUUUCUAUUUCUAUGGUUCUGAUCAGAGGGUUUGGGCUUGUGUUCAUGAAGUUGGAGUGCCUCUUACAAGGGAAGGUGGAUUCCACCAGCUUGAUAUAAGAGGAGAUGCAUAUGGUCUUCUAGCAGCUCAUCCCAUGGCACCGCUUGUAACACUUCAUCACCUUGAUGAAUUGAAGCCUGUGAUUCCCAAACAUACUCGAAUGGAUGCACUGAAAAUGCUUAUGGCAGCAUACCAACUUGACCCUGCUAGAAUAGUGCAGCAGAGUCUCUGCUAUGAUCAUAACCGCAAAUGGUCCAUAUCCAUCUCAUGGGGUUACACAAUACAAAUCUACAGAACAAUGUUAUCAGCUGCGGAUUUGAGGAUGCCGCUGCAGACAUUCAAGACAUGGAGGAGUUGGGGUGAUGGUCCUUUCACAUUCAAUACUAGACCUAUGAGCCCUGAUCCAUGCCAGAACCCUGCAGUAUUCUUUCUAGACCAUGUUAGUAGUGUAGGCACAAGUGGAACUCUCACAGUCUAUAAGAGAUUUGUACCUGAGGAAGGAGAGAAGUGCAACGGCGAAGAUAACACCAUGGAAGUGACGAGCAUUCUAGUUUCUGCCUUGAAGAUGGACCCAGAAUAUUGGAAGGAUGCACGGCGUAGGCAAUGCUGCCAAAUCAUGGAUGGAGGAAGCAUACAGGAAGGCAGAUUGAACAUUAGGAUUAGAAAGUGCAGACCUCAUGAAACAGUUACUAUUUAGGGAACAGUUGCUUUAGUUAGAAGAUUUUACUAAAGAUUUGGCCAGUAACAGCUCCACCUGUGUACAUACAUAGUUGCCAACAUAUUCAUAUCAUUUCUUCACUCUAAAUUUUCACCUGUAUCUAUUGGCCACAAAUACCAAAAUAUAAGAUAUAUCCCCCAAUUUUUUAUUAAAGAAACUUUCGCC